UUCCGGUUGUCUAUCGGCCAAUCAGGAGUCCACAUCCGGAAGCAGCUCGAUGUACCUGUAGUGUGGUUCUGAAAGGAGCUAGUUAGCUAAUAUACUGACAGAAAGCUAAAAACACAACACUUCAUUUUUAUUAAGUUACCCGGCUUCCCGUCCUGAACACCACCCGACUAACCAGAACACACGGCAGCCGCAAAACGGUACCAUGGUUGGUGUUAAAGUGAUCGCCAGCGACCCGGACUUCCAACCGGAGCUAGCGGCGGCCGGCUCCCGGCUCGCCGUAGUGAAGUUUACAAUGGCUGGGUGUCGGCCCUGUGUCAGAAUAGCUCCAGCCUUCAACACGUUGAGCAACAAGUACCCACAGGUCGUCUUCCUCGAAGUAGAUGUUCAUGUCUGUCAGGCAACAGCGGCCGCCAACAACAUCUCAGCCACGCCGACAUUCUUGUUCUUCAGGAACCGGGUUCGGGUGGACCAGUAUCAGGGGGCAGACUCUGCGGGUCUGGAGGAGAAGAUCAAACAGCACACAGAAAACGACCCGGGAAACAGCGAGGACUCCGACAUUCCAAAGGGAUACAUGGACCUCAUGCCUUUUGUCAGCAAAGCCGGCUGCGAGUGCCUCAACGAGAGCGACGACUGCGGCUUCGAUAACUGCUUAAUCAAAGACUCCUCCUACAUGGAGUCCGACUGCGAUGAGCAGUUGCUGAUAACUAUCGCCUUCAACCAGCCUGUGAAGCUCUUCUCUAUGAAGCUCCUGUCCUCAGACUUUGCCCAAGCCCCUAAGGUGGUGAAGGUGUUCAUUAACCUCCCCCGGUCGAUGGGCUUCGACGACGCCGAGCGGAGCGAAGCCACUCAGAGCCUGGAGCUGUCGGAGGAAGACUACAAAGACGACGGUCUGAUCCCACUGCGCUACGUCAAGUUUCAGAACGUACAGAGCGUCACGCUGUUUAUCAAGUCAAACCAGGGAGACGAGGAGACGACAAAAAUCAACUACCUGACGUUCAUAGGCACUCCAGUACAGGCCACCAACAUGAGCGACUUCAAGAGGGUCGUGGGAAAGAAAGGAGAGAGUCACUGAGCAGGAGAACCAAAGUGACAACGAGAAGAGGAAGAGGAGGCUGCAGAUACAUCCAAGGACUUUCCCUCUGCCAAAGCUGCCACACACACACACACACACACACACACAAAUACACACACACACACACACAGCCUCCAGCUGAACUCCUCAAGCUCUGAGUGAAUUCUCCGUCUGUGGAGACUCAGUCUAAAAAUUGUUUGUAUUGUAAUUCUGAUGAAAAUGACUGUAAAUAAAACACAAUCCUUUUUCA